AAGACGGUGACGUCACGGUAGGGUUGAUCUGGCGUUUAUUAGCCAGAGCGAAAUACCAGGUUGCAAGCUCAUACCGCUCUGUUCGAUCAACAAGGGCUCACCCCAAAUAGUCUGGUAGGGAUGGUUCACUAACAAACUCUUUGAAACGGCACCCGACAUUGACCUAACUGUUGCAACUCGCUUUAAAGUUUAUUCAACUCUGAUUUACUUUCAAAUUCAGUUGCAAAUUGUCUAAGUCUGUCUUGAAGAGCGGGAUUACUUUUUGGCUGUUUUCGUUCUUUGAGUAGGGAAAUUGUUUCUUUAAACUGCUAAUUUGGAAUAGUUUGGUGUUUUUGCGUAACAAGUAACAAAACUCGUGAUGGUUCUCCUGUCACUAAUGUUAGUAGUUGUAGGACUUGUGAAUGUGACUUCAGCUGACAAGGCUGGUGAAGUAGAUGAAGAAGAUCUGCUUAGGAGCAGGCUGAAGGAGUAUGGCCUCAUCACGCCAAUCAGCACAGACUCUCAGGGACGCUACCUGUCGCAUCUCCUCUCAGCCAAUCACAAGCAGCGGGUGAAGAGGGAGCUCCGGUCUGACGAAGCGGAACGCGGCGCCGAGCGUCUUUUCUUCAACGUCACCGCCUUCGGGAAGGAAUUUCACCUGCGCCUGCGUCCCAAUGACAGGCUGGUCGCGCCCGGCGCCAUGGUGGAGUGGCACGACGAGGUCCGGAGCUUUGACGCGGGCGAGGGCAACGUCACCGGAGGCGCUAACGGCCGCGGGAACGUGUCCGACGGCGGCACCGAGAGGAUACUGAGGCGAGAGCGUCUCAAAACGGACUGCACCUUCAUCGGAGACAUCACCGAUGUUCCCGGGGCCUCGGUCGCUAUUAGCAACUGUGAUGGACUGGCAGGAAUGAUUCGCACUGACUUAGACGAGUACUUCAUCGAGCCUCUGGAGAGGGGCAUCCAGGAGCAGGAGGAGCGAGGCAGGGUCCACGUCGUCUACAGGAGGUCCGCAGUGCUCCAGGCCCCCUUGGAGAACUCCAUGGACUGCCAGGUGGAAGAACCGGAGCUAAACAUCCCAGGAGUGUUGGAUAAUGUUGCCAAACAGGUCAACCAGACUGUCCGUCGGCGGCGUCACGCCGGAGACGACGACUACAACAUAGAAGUCCUGCUGGGAGUGGACGACUCGGUGGUGCGCUUCCACGGCAAGGAGCACGUCCAGAACUACCUCCUCACCCUCAUGAACAUCGUAAAUGAGAUCUACCAUGACGACUCACUGGGUAUCCAUAUUAAUGUGGUCUUGGUGCGGAUGAUCAUGCUGGGCUAUGCCAAGUCCAUCAGCCUCAUCGAGAGAGGCAAUCCAUCGAGGAGUCUGGAGAACGUGUGUCGCUGGGCUUUCGUGCAGCAGAAAGCUGACCCGGACCACUCGGAGCACCACGACCAUGCCAUCUUUCUCACCAGGCAGGGGUUCGGCCCCACCGGCAUGCAGGGCUACGCCCCUGUGACAGGCAUGUGCCACCCCGUACGGAGCUGCACCCUGAACCACGAAGACGGCUUCUCCUCCGCCUUCGUGGUGGCCCAUGAGACAGGGCACGUGCUGGGGAUGGAACAUGACGGACAGGGGAACCGCUGUGGAGACGAGACAACCAUGGGCAGUGUCAUGGCUCCCCUGGUCCAGGCUGCCUUCCAUCGCUACCAUUGGUCAAUGUGCAGUGGUCAGGAACUGAAGAGAUACAUCCAUUCCUAUGACUGUCUCCUCGAUGACCCCUUUAAACACGAUUGGCCCCAAUUACCUGAACUUCCUGGCAUCAACUACUCCAUGGAUGAGCAGUGUCGAUUUGACUUUGGAGUGGGAUACAAAAUCUGCACCUCAUUUCGCACAUUCGACCCAUGUAAGCAGUUGUGGUGUAGUCACCCGGACAACCCGUACUUCUGCAAGACCAAGAAAGGCCCCCCCCUCGAUGGGACAGAAUGUGCACCCGGCAAAUGGUGCUACAAAGGUCACUGCAUGUGGAAGAACGCCAACCAGGUGAAGCAAGAUGGCGCCUGGGGUUCCUGGAGCAAGUAUGGCUCCUGUUCACGUUCCUGUGGUACCGGAGUCCGCUUCCGAACGCGCCAAUGUAACACCCCGUCCCCUUCGAACGGAGGCCAGGAUUGUCCGGGCGUGAACUUUGACUACCAGCUCUGCAACACUAACGACUGCCUCAAGCACUUUGAGGACUUCAGGGCCCAGCAGUGCCAGCUCCGCAACUCCCACUUUGAGUACCAGAACAGCAAACACCACUGGCUGCCCUACGAGCAUCCAGACUCUAAUAGGAGAUGUCAUCUGUACUGCCAGUCCAAGGAAACAGGUGACGUGGCCUACAUGAAGCUGCUGGUGCAUGAUGGGACACGGUGUUCCUAUAAAGACCCUUACAGCAUCUGUGUGCGUGGAGAAUGUGUGAAAGUCGGAUGUGACAAAGAAAUUGGGUCCAACAAAGUGGAGGAUAAAUGUGGCGUUUGCGGAGGCGACAACUCCCACUGCCGCACGGUCAAAGGAACGUUCACUCGAACUCCCAAAAAAGCUGGUUACCUUAAGAUGUUUCUCAUUCCACCUGGGGCUAGACAUAUGAUCAUCCAAGAACACGAGGCUUCCCCUCAUAUUCUUGCCAUCAAGAACCAAGCAACAGGGCAUUACAUUCUGAAUGGUAAGGGAGAGGAAGCCAAGUCUAAGAGCUUCAUCGACCUGGGCGUGGAAUGGGACUACAUCAUUGAGGAUGACGUGGAGACUUUGCAUACGGAUGGACCAUUACACGACGCAGUGGUUGUUCUGAUAAUACCUAAGGACAAUGAGACCAGGUCCACGCUCAUGUAUAAAUACAUAAUUCAUGAAGACUCUGUGCCAAUCAAUAACAACAAUGUCAUCCAGGACGACACCUUUGAGUGGGCUUUGAAGAGUUGGUCUCAAUGCUCCAGACCAUGUGCUGGAGGUUAUCAGUACACUAAAUACGGAUGCAGAAAGAAGGGAGACAGCAAGAUGGUCCACCGAGGCUAUUGUGAUGUCAGUAAGAAGCCCAAACCUAUCCGCCGAAUGUGUAACCUCCAGGACUGCACCAAGCCACAGUGGAUCUCUGAAGAGUGGGAAUAUUGCACGAAGACCUGCGGCAGCCUUGGUUUCCAGAUCCGAACAGUUCGCUGUGUGCAGUUCCUCCACGAGGGGACCAACCGGUCGGUUCACAGCAAGUACUGCAGCGGAGAGAAGCCUGAGAGUCGAAGGCCGUGUAACAGAACGCCUUGCCCAGCCCACUGGAGGACUGCAGACUGGUCAGAGUGCUCAGUGACGUGUGGUGAGGGGGUGGAGAAGCGUAUCGUUACAUGCCGGAUUGGAGAUCAAUGCAACGGAGAGAGGCCAGAGGCCCUAAGACCCUGCAGAUCUGGACCUUGCCGUGAUGAACCCUGUAAUGGCGAUAAAUCCAUAUUUUGCCAAAUGGACGUGUUGGCUCGAUACUGCUCCAUCCCUGGCUACAACAAACUGUGUUGUGACUCCUGCAGCAAGCGCACCGGCACUCUCACGCCACUCCUUAUCGAAGCAACAGAGAUGGAUGAACACGUUCGCUUCGGCUCCGCCUCCAAGCUCCUCGAGAUAUUAACGGCCUCGGCCUACUCCAACAGCAGCCAGGCCGCUCCUCUCCGUUCCCGCCAAGGCCCGAAAGAACCUCCGAAACCGGGUAGCGCCGCGAAACACAUCCCGACGGUCCCCCCAAAAAAAGGCCCCCUGCAGCCGCACGUCUCCCAGAAGUGGGUCCCACCGCACGGCAAGCCGGUGGGCAGGAACGCGCCUGCCAUGGCGUCCUCCCACAGCCUCCUGGCUGACCAACAAGCGGACGCCGCCGAGGUUGAAAGGAUGGAGCGCGGCAGAGAGACCAGGUGGCCCGCGUUCUCCGAGGUGGUGAGAUGAAGCUGAAGCCCCUCCCCUUCUCUGAUAUUCAGACAUCCAGCUUCAUACAGGGGUUUCACCUCACCACACCAACACAAAUACCAGAAAAACGGAGCGUUUGUGACAGACAAAAAAAAGUGCUGGUUCACUUUCCUGGUUCACUUUCCAAAAACAAACAAAAAAACUAAAACAUCCAUAAUCUUCUCCCCCAACACUUGUCUGGAACUUUACUUUUGGUAAGGCUGUUUGAAGUAAACUGCUCCAAAGAUCUUAAUAAAUGCAUAUGGACUGAAGCCAAGAGACAUUAACAGCAGUACUCCAAAUUCUAGUUAUAUAGAAUUUAUGCAUCUAGUCUAGAUGUAUAGAAUUUAAAGAUCCAGUGAAUUUGUAUGGUUACUGGGACCCUUUAUUCCAUUACAAAUAUAGAUCUUACAAUUAUAUUUUCAUGUCGAACAUUCAUGUAGAAACUGUGUAUGUACUGUAUAAUUUCAGCAUUAGCAGAUGUCUGUCGAUGUAAAAAAAAAAAAAAAAGAGUCAAAAUCUUAAAUAUGAAUCUGCAAACACGAUUUGUAUAAUGAAAAUAACUAUUUGUGCUGUUUAACAUGAUGGCAUUUCAUACUUUUUAAACGCUUUCAGUUCUA